UCUGUCACUACAUUCAUGGAUCAUGAUAUUGAGAGAAGCAGCCCAAUCGGCCCUUCGCUUUUAACUGCGAUAGCAGAAGCGAGGAUCUCAAUCGUCAUCUUCUCAAAGAACUAUGCUUCUUCGACGUGGUGCUUAAAUGAAUUGGUUGAGAUUCACAAGUGCUAUAAGAAAUUGGGUCAAAUGGUGAUUCCGGUUUUCUACGACGUUGAUCCUUCGGAAGUUGGAAAACAGACCGGUGAUUUUGGUAAGGUCUUUGAAGAGACAUGCGUGGUCAUCAAGGAAAAACAACCAGAGGAUCAGAAACAAAUAUGGAUGGAAGCUCUCACAGAUAUAGCAAAAAUAGCCGGAGAGGAUCUUCUGAACGGGUCUAGUGAAGCAGACAUGGUUGAAAAGAUAGCUAAUGAUGUUUCGAAUAAACUUACCUCAUCCACGAAUUGUUUUGAUGAAUUCGUCGGGCUCGAAGCUCGUUUAAAGGAAAUGGAACCAUUAUUGUCCUUGAAAUCCAAGGAAGCUAGAAUGAUUGGGAUUUGGGGGCCUUCAGGGAUUGGUAAGAGUACCAUUGGAAAAGCUCUAUAUGGUCAACUCUUAAGCCAAUUCCACUUUCACGCUUUCAUACCUCAUGUCUAUAGCAUCAAGUCUAGGUGGGAGGAAAAAUUUCUGUCAGAUAUUUUAGGUAAGGAUAUAAAGAUAGGAGGGAAGUUAGGUGUAGUGGAGCAAAUGUUAAAUAAGAAGAAAGUUCUUGUGGUUCUUGAUGAUGUGGAUGAUCCAGAGUUUCUUAAGACCUUGGUGGGGAAAACUAAAUGGUUUGGACCUGGAAGCAGAAUUAUUGUGAUCUCUGAAGAUAAGCGAAUUCUUGAUAAGGCUCAUGAUGUUGACCAUUUAUACGAGGUGAAGUUCCCAUCUCAAGAUAUUGCUCUUAAAAUGUUAUGUCAAACUGCUUUUGGGGAGAACUCUCCACCUCAUGAUUUUAAGGACCUAGUUGUUCAAGUUGCGAAGCUUGCUUAUAAUCUUCCUUUGGGUCUCAGUAUCUUGGGUUCGUCUUUAAGGAAAAGGGGAAUAAAAGAGUGGAUGAAAAUCAUGCCUCAACUCCAAAAUGAUUUGGAUGAAAAAAUUGAGAAACCAUUAAGAAUCAGGUUCGACAGGUUAAGUGAAAAAGAUCGAGAGUUAUUUCUGUACGUUGCAUGUUUUUUCAAUGGUUGUAGAGUCCGUUACUUCGAAGAUUUCCUUUGCAAUAAUGUUGGGCUUAAACCGUUGAUUGAUAAGUCCCUCGUACGUAUUACACCACAAGGAUAUAUAGAGAUGCACAAUUUUGUAGAGAAGUUGGGUAUUAAAAUUGAUCGCGCAGAGUCCAAAGGUAAUCCUGUAAAAUCUCGAUUUCUGAAGAAUGCUGAGGAAAUUCUAGAAGUAUUUACUCAUAAAACGGGAACGGAAACUGUGGUCGGAAUAUUCUUCAAAGCAUCAGAACUUAGUAAUGAAUUUAUUUCAAUUGAUGGAGACUCCUUCAAAGGCAUGGCUAAUCUCCAAUUUCUAAAAAUCCAUAACUAUUCCUUGUGGUCAUCGACUGAAACCUGUAUAGUGCAUCUACCUUACGGCCUCGACUACUGGCCACGUAAACUCAAAUGGCUAGAGUGGAAUAGUUUUCCAUUGAAGUAUUUGCCUCGUAGUUUUAAUACUGACCAUCUCGUUGAACUCAGCAUGGAGAACAGUAAGCUUACAAGGCUAUGGGAUGGAACUCAGCCACUAGGAAGCCUCAAGAAGAUGGAUUUAAGUCGGUCCAAAUAUUUGAAAGAAGUUCCAAAUCUUUCUAAGGCAAUAAACCUCGAAGAAUUAGAUCUUCAUGGAUGCAUAUCUUUGCUAAAGAGUUUUCCAACGCAUCUCAAAUUGAAAUCUCUCCAAGACCUCGAUCUCACUUUUUGUCAUAAUUUGACAAAUUUUCCCGUAAUUAAAAUGGAGAAUUCAAUCCAUAUGCCAUAUGAAGUUGAGAUCCGUGUAGAUGAUUGUUUAUGGAACAGGAAUCUUUAUGACACAAUGUGGAACAGAGAUCUCCAUGGACUCGACUAUCUCGGCUGCCUUAAGAGAUGCUUACCAUGUGAAUUUCGUCCGGAAUAUCUCGUUCGUCUCGUAGUGAUAGGCAACAAAAAGCUUGAGAAGCUAUGGGAAGGCGUCCAGUCCCUUGGAAGUCUCAUAGAGAUCGAUCUGUCAGAAUGUACAAAGUUGAGAGAAGUUCCAGAUCUAUUCAAGGCCAUCAAUCUGAGGAGUUUGAAACUCAACAAAUGUGAAAGUUUGGUGACUUUACCUUCUACAAUUGGGAAUCUAAAAUUCUUAGAGAGGUUGGAAAUGAGAGGGUGCAUAUCGCUGGAGGUUCUUCCAACCGAUGUCACCUUGUUAUCUCUCGAAAUCCUCGAUCUUAGUGGUUGCUUACGUUUGAGAAUUUUUCCUCGGAUUCCAUGGAGUAUCGAAAAGCUCUAUUUCGAAAACACGCGCGCCAUUCGCGAAUUUCGUUGUUGCAUUGAGAAUUUCUCGAGGCUCAUUGUACUCAAGAGUUGGAUACAAGGCAUCGUAGACUAGGACAAGUUGUCAUGACUCGUGUUCUUUGGACGGUUUUUGGAGGCUAUCAUGUUGCUUUUGGAGGACCAUUCCAACCGGGGUAAGUUAUUGUGCAGAACUUGGGUGGUUGAGUCCUUUUAGACUCAGGCAGAGCAACUAGCAUGAGUUCACGGACACUGUCACUGAUCAUGAUGAAUCAUGUUUAGAAGACUGGAAUAGGUAAUUUUUGUACAAACUGAUAUAAGCUGAAAUCGAUCAUUAGCCUUAUAUUUAGUGAUUACCUCUUGAACCUUAAUGUAAUCUUCUUAUAUACUACUUAUCAAUGUGAAUUAGUAGUGUUGUUUUCUGUUUGUGGUAAUGUUUAUUAGU